AUGGUGAAGCCCUUUGCGACCGGAUUUUACGCGAGUCGUUCGCCUGUGAAGCCAAGUACUCGAGCGCGGUCGCCACAUCACUUAUGGCGGGCCGUGCACUCGCUAAUUCUUGAAGGCACAUUGAGGCUCUUCACCGGAAAUUUCCCUUUGAGCAAUGGGUCCACCAUCUUGACAAAGUUCCUCCGAUCCUUGAGAAACGGCCGAGACUACACGAAAAUCAAGUUUAGAAACAUUAAUCGCACCAAACAAAUGAUUAAAAUUCUGCUCGCCGGGCUUUUUACUAAAGUCCAUGGCCUUGCGGCCCGUGAUAAGCUCCAACAAGACAACUCCGAAACUAUAGAUAUCCGACUUCAAAGUCAGCUUGCCACUCAUGGCAUACUCAGGCGCGCAAUACCCGUAAGUCCCCAUAACCCUAGUCGAGACAUGGGUUUUGUCCCCAACCGGCCCAAGCUUGGCCAGCCCAAAAUCCGAAAGCUUCACAUUGUACUCGUUGUCCAGCAAUAUGUUCGACGACUUAAGGUCACGGUAUAUUACAGGCGGGUUCGCUUUACAAUGCAAGUACUCAAGCCCGCGGGCCGCACCCACCGCAAUUUUCAACCUCGUGCUCCAACUCAACGGCCUCUGAUCGGGCUCUAA